GAUUUCUGGGAGUUGAGGUCUGGGGCCUAUUUACCCAAGUUCGUGAUAAGGGCCUGCGGAAAUAUGAAGAGGGUAAAUAGCUGUGUAAAAAAUGAAGAACAUGCCCUGGAGGAACUGGAAACAGAAGGUGAGCGGCAGCUGAAGAGCCUCCUUCAACAUCAACUUGAUACCUCUGUCUCCAUUGAAGAAUGUGUCUCUAAGAAAGAGAGCUUUGCCCCUGGUACUAUGUACAAGCCCUUUGGGAAAGAAGCAGCUGGGACAAUGACUUUGUCCCAGUUCCAGACAUUACAUGAAAAAGACCAGGAAAUUGCUUCUCUCAGGGAACUAGGGCUCAAUGAAACAGAAAUAUUGAUCUGGAAAAACCAUGUUUCAGGUGAAAAGAGGACAAAGCUGAGGGCAACUCCUGAAGCAAUACAGAAACGGCUUCAAGACAUUGAAGAAAGGAUCUCAGAGCGCCAGCGCAUCCUUUGCCUGCCACAGAGGUUUUCAAAGAGCAAACAGCUGACCCGGAGAGAAAUGGAGAUCGAAAAGUCUUUAUUUCAGGGAACUGAUCGUCACUCCUUCCUUAAGGCUCUUUAUUACCAAGCAUACCACAGUGCAGACAAGUACAUGAUCUCAAUGAAGAGGAAGAUAAAAUUAGGCACAAAAGGUUUACUGGGGAGGCUUUGUAGAACUUCCGUAUCUCUUUGUCUUGAUCCAGAUGAACCCCCAAAGAAGAACAAAGGUGAUCCCAUGAACAACCUGGAAAGUUUUUACCACGAGACUAUAAUGAAAAAACGUCUUGAAGAGUUCCAACUUAUGAGAGGUGAACCCUUUGCUUCCCACUCACUGCCCUCAGCUACAUCAGUGGGUGAUAGUGGCACAGCUGAGAACACAUCACUACUCCAAGACAAGGGAAAACAGGCAGCACAGGGUAAAGGCCCCAGUCUCCAUGUGGCAAAAGUUAUUGAUUUUCCACCUGAGCAAUGUUGGACUGGGCCUAAGAAGCUGACGCAACCAAUAGAAUUUAUCCCAGAAGAUGAGAUCCAGAGAAAUCGUUUGUCAGAGGAGGAGAUCCGAAACAUUCCUAUGUUUUCUUCAUAUAAUCCAGGGGAACCAAACAAGGUGCUAUAUCUGAAGAACCUUAGUCCUCGGGUGAAAGAAAGGGACCUUAUCUCAUUAUUCGCUCGGUUCCAAGAGAAAAAAGGACCACCAAUUCAGUUCCGGAUGAUGACGGGACGCAUGAGGGGACAGGCUUUCAUCACUUUUCCUAAUAAAGACAUAGCAUGCCAAGCAUUGCAUCAAAUAAAUGGAUAUAAACUCCAUGGGAAAAUAUUGGUGAUAGAGUUUGGAAAGAAGAAAAAGCAAGAGUCAGCUGUUCAGGGUGCUUCCCUUAUAACAUCUGCUACAAAUAGCAGUACAGAAAUCAGUGGUAGCUAGAAAUCCAUAUCAACGCACACAUACAUACAUAGAUGAUAAAAGAAAGAUCAUCUGAGUGU